GAAGGACCCUUCCUUGCAGGGCACACGGUAUUAAACCCCCCACCCCCCUCCCGAGGAGAGACGCGGGGCUGAGGUCCGGUGGCUGAGACACUGUCCCCAUCCUGCCGCUGCAGGCCGCUAUGCCGCCCGCAGGCGCACAGCUCUCCGGCCCCGGACCGCCCUGUCUGUUCAAACUUUCUCCUCCCGGCUCUGCCCCGCUCCUCCUCUCGCGAUAGAAAGCGAGCAGCCCGGACCCAACAUGGCUGAAGAGGAGGUGGCCAAGCUGCAGAAGCACCUGGCCCUGCUGCGGCAGGAGUACGUGAAGAUGCAGCAGAGGCUGGCCGAGUCGGAGAAGCGGUGCGCCGUGCUGGCGGCCCAGGCCAACCAGGAGAGCGCCAGCGCCACCUUCAUCGGCCGCCUGCUGGCCAUCGUGGCCGAGCUGUACCAGCAGGAGCAGUACAGUGAUCUCAAAGUCAGGGUUGGCGAGAAGGAAUACAGAGCACACAAGUUUGUACUGGCCGCCCGGAGCGAAACCUGGAGUCUGGCCAACCUGGCCACCACUACAGAACUGGACUUGUCUGAUGCCAAGCCGGAGGUUGCCAUGGCAAUGCUGCGCUGGGCCUACACAGACGAGCUGGAGCUGAAGGAGGAUGAUGUCUUCCUGACGGAUCUCAUGAAGCUGGCCAAUCGCUUCCAGCUGCAGCUCCUGCGCGAAAGGUGUGAGAAAGGGAUAAUGUCUUCGGUCAAUGUGAGGAACUGUAUUCGGUUUUAUCAAACAGCGGAGGAGCUCAGUGCCAGCACGCUAAUGAACUACUGCGCGGAGAUCAUCGCCAGUCACUGGGAUGACCUGAGGAAGGAGGAUUUCAGCACCAUGAGCGCUCAGCUGCUAUACAAGAUGAUUAAAUCCAAAACCGAGUACCCCUUGCACAAAGCCAUUAAAGUGGAACGGGAGGACGUGGUCUUCCUCUACCUCAUAGAGAUGGAUUCCCAGUUGCCUGGCAAAUUGAAUGAACUGGACAACAAUGGAGACCUGGCUCUGGACCUGGCUCUGUCUCGGAGGCUGGAGAGCAUCGCCACCACCCUGGUCAACAACAAGGCCGAUGUGGACAUGGUGGAUCAGAGCGGCUGGAGCCUCCUUCACAAGGCCAUCCAGAGAGGGGAUGAAUUCGCUUCCACCUUCCUCAUCCGUCACUCUGCCCAGGUCAGCGCUGCUACGGUGGGGGCCGUCGAGACCCCGCUCCACCUGGUGUGCUCCUUCAGCCCAAAGAAACACUGCGGGGAGGUGAUGGCAGGGAUGGCGCGCAUCGCAGAAGCCCUGCUGAAGGCUGGUGCCAACCCCAACAUGCAGAACAGCAAAGGCAGAACCCCUUUGCAUGAAGCUGUUGUGUCUGGAAAUGAACCUGUUUUCAACCAGCUCCUGCAGUGCAAACAGCUGGAUCUGGAGCUGAAGGACCACGAGGGCAGCACGGCUCUGUGGCUGGCCCUGCAGUACAUCACCGUCUCCUCGGACCAGUCCGUCAACCCCUUCGAAGACAGCGCCCCCGUGGUCAACGGCACCUCCUUCGACGAGAACAGCUUCGCCGCUCGCCUCAUCCAGCGCGGCAGCGACCCGAAUGCGCCGGACUCUGCUGCAGGGAACUGUCUUCUGCAGAGAGCCGCUGGAGCUGGCAAUGAAGCUGCGGCCCUCUUCCUCGCCACGCAUGGGGCAAAGGUCAACCACACCAACAAAUGGGGUGAGACGCCCCUUCACACCGCCUGUCGGAACGGCCUGGCCAACCUGACGGCAGAGCUGCUGCAGCAGGGAGCCAACCCCAACCUGCAGACCGAGAGGGCGCUGCCAGAGGGGCCGCAGGGCCAGGGGGUGUCCCUGCAGAGCCCCCUGCACAUGGCCAUAGCCUACAACCACCCUGACGUUGUGACCGUCAUCCUAGAGCAGAAAGCCAAUGCACUUCAUGCCACCAAUAACCUACAGAUCAUCCCAGACUUCAGCCUGAAGGAUUCCAUGGGUCAGACUGUCCUGGGCCUUGCUCUGUGGACAGGCAUGCACACGAUAGCUGCCCAGCUGCUAGGCUCUGGAGCCGCUAUCAAUGACACCAUGUCAAACGGACAGACUCUGCUGCACAUGGCCAUCCAGAGGCAGGACAGCAAGAGCGCCCUCUUUCUCCUGGAGCACCAGGCGGACAUCAAUGUCAGGGCGCGGGAUGGCGAGACUGCUCUGCAGCUGGCUAUCAGGAACCAGCUCCCCCUAGUGGUGGAUGCCAUCUGCACAAGGGGGGCAGACAUGUCUGUGAUGGAUGAGAAGGGGAAUCCGCCACUGUGGCUGGCCUUGGAGAGCGGCUUGGAGGACAUCGCCUCCACCCUGGUGAGGCAUGGCUGUGACGCCACCUGCUGGAGCCCAGGGCCGGGCGGCUGUCAGCAGACCCUCCUGCACAGGGCUGUGGACGAGAACACCGAGGGCGUCGCCUGCUUCCUGAUCCGCAGGUCAGCCCGAGACCCGCGCUGCCCCAGGCUGUGCUGGCUGAGCCUCGUGAAGUCGAUUUUAAUUCAUCCUUCUGACCUGGCUGUGGGUCUAGUGCUGUUGUGGACAGAGAUGGAAUUAAUCAGCCUGGGGUCUCUUAUCCACCUGGCCGUGCAGGCCGGAUCCGAAAUCAUCGUCCGCAACCUGCUUCUAGCAGGGGCCAAAGUCAAUGAGCUGACCAAACACAGACAGACUGCCCUGCACCUGGCUGCCCAGCAGGACCUGCCCACCAUCUGCUCUGUGCUGCUGGAGAACGGAGUGGACUUCGCUGCCGUCGAUGAGAACGGCAAUAAUGCUCUUCACCUGGCAGUGAUGCAAGGGCGUCUGAACAAUGUGAGAACACUGCUCACUGAGUCCAACGUUGAUGCAGAGGCCUUCAAUCUCAGGGGUCAGUCACCGAUGCACAUCCUGGGGCAGUAUGGGAAGGAGAAUGCCGCGGCCAUCUUUGAGCUCUUCCUGGAGUGCAUGCCCGCGUAUCCACUGGACAAGCCCGAUAACGAAGGCAACACUGUGCUCCUGCUGGCCUACAUGAAAGGAAAUGCCAACCUCUGCCGAGCCAUUGUGAGAGCAGGGGCACGACUGGGGGUCAACAACAACCAAGGCAUCAACAUCUUUAACUACCAGGUGGCCACCAAGCAGCUGCUCUUCAGACUCCUGGAUAUGCUGUCUAAAGAACCUCCAUGGUGUGAUGGAUCCAAUUGCUAUGAGUGUGCUGCAAAGUUCGGGGUCACCACCAGGAAGCACCACUGCCGUCACUGUGGCCGCCUGCUCUGUCACAAAUGCUCCAUGAAGGAGAUCCCCAUCAUCAAGUUUGACCUGAACAAGCCCGUGAGGGUGUGCGACAUCUGCUUUGACGUGCUGACGCUGGGCGGCGUGUCCUAGUGCCCCUCCAGAGGCACUUCCUGUAUUCCGGAGCAGCUGUGCCACCCUCCUGGCACGCUGUCAGUGUUUGUUGAUGGGCAUUCUUCCAGUGCCCGGAUAAACCCAAAACCACACUUCUGUGAUAUUCCAGAAUCCAGUCUUUCAUAAAUUGUACACUUUUUAGUGGACUUUCAGAUAGCAUUUAAUAUUCUGAUGAUUUGAAUUAAACCUUGUUAAGAGGCAGAAGAGUAAAAGGAACUAAGGACUUCCUGGAAGCCGGUCGGGGUCAAAGGGUAAGGGAUGGGGUCCCGGAGGUUGAUUCGCACCUGAUUUGGACUGGCAGUUUGAGGAUUGAAAAAUGGCUAACAAUAUCUCUUCCCUGCUGUCAUGGUCUGGGAAACAGCUUUGUCCUUGCAUGAUCUGCAUAUUGAAAAGAGAUCAACUUGAAGGAGCUGGUUCUUGAGCCACAGAAUAAAUCGGUUCCCAAACCAGAUAAUAAAGAAUGAGCAUAUUUGCUUUACAUAUUAUAACCAAGUGUGCUGCUGCUGGUACAGGAGUUUUAAGAAUGGACCGCUCACUUUAAGGAACAUUAGAAAGUGUUUCUCCUCCGCAUUUUUGUACAACUUUAAAACCGUGCAUGCAGGAGUUUAUGCUGUACACAUUCUACUGUUUGAAUCUGUGAUACAGUAACUGCAGUGGAAAACUAGACACUAAUUUGUUACACAUGGUACACUAGCAGGACUUCAUUUUGCAGUGCCUGGCUGACAAGCUUUCCACUUUCUUAGGACAUUAGUCCAAAGAUCUGUACCUGCUCUCACGAUUUGCUGGUAUUCGUGCAACAUUCAAAGACAGGAAGUUCACAAGACUGAACCCGCAUCAUAGCGGACCUUCCUAUGGAGGCCAGUAAAGGCACAUCUCUUAUAGCAUUUUUAGACAUGCAUAAAGGGUCUUUCACAGCCGAUUGGUGACUGAGCUGUGAUUUCUUUCCGGUAAGUAUUGAAACCCUUUUAAAAAAGCAGUGCAGUUGUCAAAGUACAGGAUAAGAAGGCGUCCAUUCUAUGCCAUUCCCAAGCAGCAAACGAUCAAUUUUUUUAAUUAAAUCUGUAACCGAGAAAGCCUUUCACUUGCAUCAUUGGGAUCCACAUUUACGUUUUUUAAUGUCAUUUACACCACAAUAUGAAGAGAUCUUUAAAACGAAACUAGUAUAUUAGCCCAGACAGCUGUCAUACAGGCAUGUUUUAUAGUAUUUUCUAGACAUAACUCAGAAUCUUCUAGGUGUCCACUUAAACUGUUCUUGAUUUUAAUUAUAUUUUAUGAAAAAGCUCGUUCUGCAUUUGCCCUAAAAUGUCAUUGUAUCUCAUCAGAAAUGACCUACUCUAUUUAGCUAACUCAGAAAGGUGCACUUUAUCUGAAAACCAUUAGACUGCGCUAAAUGUUCAAGAGGAAGAGGGAGGGAGGGAGGGAGGGAGGGUGGAAGCUGAUGCCUAUUAUUAAAUUGUACAGAUUAAUGUAAAAUAUUUUUGACCACUACAGCUGUUUUGUACCUUAAUGCAGUUUGUGCUUUUUUGGUCAUUGUGACAAACUUUAAUCUUGCUACUGUUUAACCUUUUAUGCACAUUGUAUGUAUCUGUUAGUCCAGAUUAUGUAGCCCUCUGCUUUCUUUAGCGUCCUUGAAGAACAAGGACAUACCUUUACAUAAAGGAUGAAAGGGAAAAAAAUGACUGGCCUUGGAUUUGACUUUUUGUGAAAGAACAAUGUCUAGCUGAUGGGUGGUAUAGUUCCAGGAAUUCUAGCUCUGUGUCUAGCUAGUCUGACGUACCUUAACAUUUCAACACCACAAACCCUUGUCCAUGUUUAAUUCUCGCUCACUCUCUCAUCAAACAAAACUUGUGCAAAACUGAUGCCAUUUUAUUAUUAUUUAUCGGAGACAUUUUGUUUGCUUCUGCUCAUUGACGAACCCUCUGUUAAUUGGGAGGUUUGUAAUUUGCACUUGUAGGACGAUGGGCGUUUUGAUUUUUCCCAGGCAUGAAUCUGUUCACUGCUGAUUCUGUGCAACAGCAGUAGAUCAUGUAUUAUUCGGUGAUCUGCUUCCAGUAUGGUCUCAGGCUAAACUGGUGACAUUUUCUCAUUAAAUACUGUAGUAAAUGUAGUUUACAGUGCAUUUAAUCAGCUGAAGUAAUGUAUUGUAUAGCCCGGUUUCUGAAUAUUGUACUUUAAACAAGCAUUACACUCUUUUUAAGUAGAUAAUAGAUAAUUUUUUAUAACUUUAUACUGCAAACAAAUUCAAAUUCCUACAAAACAUAAAACAGAAUUGUAAUAAGAAUGCAACAACAAGCUAUUAAAAUAAAAAUAAAAAACUUUGGCCUCUUCUAAAGCGUGCUGGAUUUAACAAUGAUCCACUGUGUGUAACCUUAAAAUUAGUUUAUGUAGAUAAAGCAAGAGGCAUUUCCCUUCAGAAAGCACUCCCACAGUUUCAGAUAACUGCUUCUAAAAACUGGAAAUCUUGUAUUUGUUUAGUACAAGUGUGUUUUCAGAUCUGAAAUAAGAUUCUUUGUAAACAAUUUUGUAUGAGUGUGUGAUUGACUGCUAGGAUGAAUACUCCAUGGUUAAAAAUGUUUUGAUUCUUUUUUUUUUACUUAUGAAAGGUCUAGGGGCUGGCAUCAUGUAGUCGGUAAGUCUUUGGUCUUGUAACUGACAGGUUGUGGAUUCGAGUCCCUGCUGCAGGUGCUGCUGUUGUACCCCUGAGGCAGGUCUUAACCCUAACUCCAUUCCACCCAGCUGUACGAUAUUCCCUGACACGCUGGACAGUCCACCUGCGACCAAGUCCCAGCCUACCGUCAGAGGCAACCAGAUUUUGGACCAAAAUAUCCUGAGAGUUAGGAAGGAGACGUCAUGAUGCCAUUGAUCUCAAAAGGGCCCCUGGGCUAGAGCCCCACAAUAACAAACCACUGCCACAUGUCAUGGUGGGCAUGAGGUUCUUUUCUUUGGAUGCAUCCCUCUUCUGAUGCUAAACAGGCUGAUGGUGGUGUGUGGCCCCAUAGUUCGAUUUUUCUCUCAUCUGACCACAGCCCUCGGCUCCAAUCAAAAUCCCAGUGGCGUUUGGCAAACUCCAGCCAUUUCAAUUAGUUGUCUGUAAGGGCUUUCUUCUGGAAAGCCUCCCAGAUAGACUGAUGGCAUGGAUGUACUAUCCGAUCGUUGAUUUGGAGGCUGAGGGACCCCAAGAGUGACCUUGGAUUCUUUUCUUGCCUCACUCCCCCAUCUUUUUUUUUUAAGUUCUCCCAUUUUGUGAGCAUAAAACAUAACUCAUUAUCUGUGCUGUUAAUUUUAUACAACUUUUGUUCAUCUUUAUCUCAAAGGUGCCAAUAAUUCCUGGGCCUGCUGUUUUGUAUUCUCCUUUGGAAGGCAGAAACCCUGUAAGCUUUUGCCUGUUGUGUUGCCUUAAUUUUUAUAAAGCUGCCUCGCCAAAUUCAGAACCUGCCUGACAGGUGGAAGCUGGUCAGCUGUGGAAAUAGUACAUUUUUCAAUUUUCCCACCCUACAGCGAACAGAAAACACGUGACCACAAGGAAGGUUACAAAAAAUAAGUAAAACUUUUAUUUAAAGAUAUGACUGCUACAAAAUACAAUUGAAGUGAAGCUUAUGGCUGCAUAUUUCCUCAUACCUGAUCACUUUAAAUCAACACAAUGCUACCAGCAGCAGUGGGAGCGCUCCCGCAGCGAAAAGGAAAAUGCCCGACGAACUCGGGAUUGGAAGUUUUUUCAAUGCUUGUACGAUCAAUGGAAAUGUUCAAAUAAAUGUGCACAAGAACUAAACAAAAAAAA